AUGAUCAUCGGCUACGUCGAUUUCGGUUUUCAGACACUCAAAGUCAAUCUGAGUUCCCCGGAAAGUCGAAUCCAAAUAAAUGAUGUGUUCCAUCAGAUUUCCUCCUCCUCAAAAGCCAUCGGCGAGACGACGAAUACAAUCAUCGAACUAAAAAAAGGCAAAAAAGACAAUGUUCUCGGCAUUGGCCUCAAAUUUUUGAAAGCAAUCAAAGGGGCGGCCACGAUCUUCGGGGCCAUCUUCGAUCUUUUCGAUAUUUUCGGCACCGACUCUGUGGGCACAAUGCUGCAAAAACUCGAAGAAACAAUGGUCAAAGAGUUCGACAAGCUCAAGCAUUUUAUUGCUCGCAAAUUCGACGCGAUUGAAUACCGAGUCGACUUUCACAAUUACCGUGACAACGUCCAGUAUCCGAUCGACAACGGAAUGAGCAAACUGAGGAGACUUUUCGAACAUAGACAGCCAAAUAACAUGAAAGAGUUCAAGACCUGGUGCCAGAACGUUUCGCCGAUCGAUUUGGCUAAACGAUUGCUUGAUCAAAUCUCGGGACACACAUCGAUUCUCGACUCAUACAAGCGAUUGAUUGAUUUCGACGAGGACCGAUACCAGCAUUUCGAGAACUGGAUCCUCAACCAUGUGCAGUCCCUAAAAGUGCUCAUGGGGAACUGUGAGGGUGUGCAGCCAGUGUCAAAAAACGGGGAGAUUCUGUCGGAAUUCGAGACCGUCAUCCAAAGUCUUGACACCCAACUGCUUAAAGAGAACCGGGAGUUGGUGUGGCCGCGAGCGAUCAAGAAACGAGCUCGCGCCGGCAUCGACGCUGGCGGCACAAACGAGCAGAUGGCCACGACGAUCCACAAGGAUCUGAAAAGCAAAUACCAAGACAAUUUCCUGGUUGCCAUUUAUGACGUGACUAAAACUGAUGAUCAUGCGCUCAUCGGGCGAUCAUCGGGCGACACGAAUCGUCUCAUAAGCGAAUUUGGCUACAAAAACAAGAACUACGUGGUUUUUCAGGUUGUCAUU